UUUUUAUUGGGCUGCACAAGAGUCGUCUUCACUUCUCCAUUCCUGUUCUUCAGAUAACCCCAUGGGGUGACCCUAAGAUGUGGAGCUGGGAGGCGUCCAUUUCCUUCGCUUAUGAUGAAAGCACCGAGGCGAUGCGGGCACUCGCUGAGGUCACAACCACUGCUGGGGUGGGAGCGUUUGUGCCACAGCUGGUGAGCAGAGCUGGUGCUCUGGUGAGCGUGCUGCACGCAGAGACUGAGCUCUGGGCCUUCUGUGGAACAGAUCACCCUGUGAGAGCCCGACGGAAGCAUCGCGUGUGCACUCGUCGGUACUUUCUGCAGGGUUAUUGUCCCAAAGGAGAUUCCGGGAUCGAGGCGGUCUUAGGAAGAGGGAAGCCAGCUCUUUCCAAGGGCUGGGGAAGUUCCUGCAGAGAGAGCCCCUGGAACUUCAGCUUCCUCUGAGCCUUCAGCAGCCAUGUCUCAGCAAGGAGACGACCGCGGUUCCAAUUGCUGCCGUGUGAGUGGCAAGAAGUGGCGCGGUGCGGUUCCCCGCGGUUGGGAGCAGCAGCCAGCAGGCUGCCAGAGAUCCAACCGCACCUUGCAGCGCACAGAGGGACGCAACAGGGACGGACGGUCCUUCCUGCCAUACAGAAGGAUGGAUCCUGCGCGUCCAUGGAGUGGUGCUGGGCAAGGGGGGAAACGGAAAGCCUCCGCAGAGAGAGGUGCCGAGCCCAACGGAAAGAUCUACGCAAAAGCAGUGCAGGAAGUCCUUCUGGAGAGAGCUCAUCUCCAGGCUGGAGGGCUUCCUACAACAGCAGGUCCCAGCACAGGGGGAAGACCUUCCCCUGCCGUGUGCCCCCGCUCUGUCUCCAAGUCCUUGGCUGGAUGUAAACGCAAGGGCUUGGAAGAAGCGAAGCCAACAGCAGUGCAGCUGCCUGCUAACAAAAGAGUGAGGGGGCCGAGCGGAGACAGCGUGCCAGCUCCAGCAGCACACCCUGGGCCUGCUGCAGCGCGGAGCUCCAAGCUAAGAGCGAGAAGACGCCAAGAGAAAGAGAGGAGAGGGGAAUCGAUGAAGGCUGCCCUCAGAGCUGCCACUGCACGUGCAGAGGCCUCCGCAGUGAACAGCCUUGUGGAGAUGAUGCAGAAGCUGCAGCUGAAGGACUGA